CUAUCACCGGUAUACCGCGAUUUUCGGAAACCAGCUUCGCACCCCACUGCCACCUUCGGAACACUCCAGACACGGCCCGGGCGGACUUACGAGAUGAAUUGACGCGUCAUCAAACAUCACCAACGUAGUCUACCGCGAACACAAAUUCAAAUGUCAAGGUACACGGGCGGCCGCUUCGACGGCGACCGUCGGUCUCGGUCGCCUCGAGACCGAUCGCCAUACGGCGACCGCGGUGACCGUGGCCCGCAGUACCCCGACACCGACCGCCGGCGCCCGCCCCUGGAUUCCCGAGGGAAUUCAUCGGGGUUUCCGCCCGGCCGAGACGGGUUUCGUGAUACGCUGUCCGGAAUUCAACCGCCCCGCGCACCGAAGGCGCUGAUUGACGCCCCAAGUGGUCCCCGCGGCGGCGGGUUUGCCGGGGACUUCCGCGGACGAGGGCGAGGCGGCGGUCGCGGCCGCCAGUGGCGCGAUGACAGCCGCGAUGGCGGGCGCGAGCGCGAAGAGUACCGGGACCGACCCCUCUUCAGGGACGAGCGAAGCCGCGAGCGAGAUCGAGAAUGGCAGCGCGACCAGCGCGAUAGGGUCGAUUUCCCUCGCGCGCGGCGGCCGUCGCCGCCCCCCAUACGAGCACGAUCCCCUCCUCCCGGAAGAGAUUUCAGGGAUGCCAGAGACAUGCCCCUGGGAGUCGAUGCCGAGCGAGCAAGACGGGGAUCAAGGGACGGGCCGCUUUCCGCCGGCUCCUCCAACUCGGAUCCCAUGUUUGCUCCGUCGCCCUUCCGCGGUGGGUUCCGCGGCGGUAGAGGGGUCGGCCGUGGCCGAGGAGACUGGGACCAGAGGGGCGGCAGGGACAGGGGAAGCUUUUAUGACGACCGUGAUCGUUAUCCGCGGAGUCGGUCGCAGGAGAGCCGAUGGGGCCGCGAACCGGAUGAUCGGGAUCGUAGAGACAGCAGGUAUCCGGAUGUGGCCAGGGACGCCCGGGACGACCGCGAUAUCAGGGAGAGGGAAAGCAGGGACCGCGAGCUUAUCCGCCCAAAGCCGGACCGGGUACCUCACGAGUCGCCGUCUGCAAAGGAUGUCUCACCCCCACCCCUCGCUCCCUCGGCCCCUGCUUUUGGCUCCGUUCCUAGCCGCCAGUCGACUGCGACCGAGAUCCAGUCCCUCACCGGGAAGCCUCCCCCGACCGGUCCCAGGGCACUUACCGAAGAGCGGCCGGUUUCUGCGGGUCACGCCGUUGGAACCGAGAGGCAGCCACCGACGGGGCCUUCCAAACCGGCAUUACCGGACGGCGGGCCCCCAAUACCUUUGGGUCCCCGCGCCCAGCAAAAGCAACAACGGUCGAGUAAGCAGUGGAUUAACCCCUCACUGACCGCAAAGAAGGCACAGGUCGAGUCGCCAAAGUCCUCGAGGUCACAGAACUUCCCAACGCCUCAAGCGAGGCCGUCAGGCGGCUAUCCGCCUCACACAGACCUCCAUCGAGAUCUUGACAAACACCCUCGAAGUCCCGGGGCGAGGUCGGAUUCGCACGCCUCGGCUACUGAUCGAUAUGGACCCCACGUCGCUACCGGCCCGAAUGAAAUCGUUAUCAAGUCCGAGAGGGGCUCCCAGUCUGCCAGGGCAUCGGUGGACCGUGAGACUAAGACGGGACCUAACGGCGGAGACACCAAGUCGGCGGGAGGAGCGAGUACAGACCGACCGCUGCGGGAGCACGAGAGACGACCGACUGAACAAAGGGCAGACCUCGCAGCGCAAAAGUCUAGUGACGACACCGUGGAGAAGACGAAGGAACAGGCCCAGAAACGCCCGCCUCUCGAGAAAAAGCCCACCGUGCUUGCAGCACCGUCCUUUCGAGUUCGGUUGCCAGCGAAACAGGCAUCAGCCCCAGCGUCCGACGAAUCGUCCGAAUCAGACGACGACGAGGAUAUGGACGUGUACUUCGAAGGCGAAAUAUCCAAGGCAGAGGCGGAACUUAAGAAACUUAAGGAUGCCGUCGACAAGGUUCCCGUCCGCAUCGUUAAACGAUACGCGACCGCGGUACACGAAGCCAUGCUUCGCGUGCUUAACGAUGACGUGGACCUGAUGGGAUUGGUCGGACCUAUCCCCGAAGACUUCACGUUCCCCUGUCCGAAGCCCGGGACCGAGAUCGUUGACAAGGAAAUGCCCGAUGCCGGACCCGAAGAGCAGGAGGAGCAGGAGGAGCAGGAGAAGCCGCUAACGACUCGGGAACCCUCAGCGAUCCCCACUGUCGAGGAGGCCGACGAGGACGCGACCCAUCCGCCGGAGCCCCAGCCGAAGGUUGAGGAGAAGGAUGCGGAAAACUCAGGGCUCCCACAAGUGCCCACGCUGGAGGAAGCAAAACGGCUUGAUGAGGACAUUGAGAUGGAAGACUCGGCGGAGCCCCAAGUAGCGGCAGCGCCAACGCCAACGUUAGCAGAUGAGCCGCUGGUCGCGCAAGAGGAGGGAUUGACGUUUCCGCCCCCUCCGUUCGACCGGCCGGAAACGGAGCGUAGCAGCGCUUCGCCGGACGAGGAAAGCGAGGAUAGGACAGAGGACGAUGCAAGCAUAUAUGGGAGCGUCGAGGCCGUUCGCGAGUUCUCUGCCACCCCACCCACCGAAGACCUCCCGGUCUAUAACGUCAAGCCUUGGUAUAAGAGCCGGCGUGUCCGCAAGCUGGCUGAGGAGUCGGCCGAGUUUGGCGAGUUCUUGCUCCGACAUAUGCAGGAUCAGACAGCGGCCCUCCAACUUGCGCAAGACGAGCUGCGGCAAGAGUACGCGAAGAACUACGAGUCGUACCUACGGUUCACUGCAUCGGACGAUCCGGCCGCCGUCAAGAGCCGCGAGUAUUUCACCAACGCUGGAACUCAAGCCGGCAGCAACGGGAGAGGGUCAAACUCGGAUUCCAAACCGGAAGGAGGCAGAAGAGCGGCGGGCCGUUUCAGCACCGAACUGGACCUCGAGGCUGCGAUCAAGGAGUCUAUCCGGGAACACCAGGAGAGAAAGGAGAGGGAAGAGAGGGCGCUCAAGGAGAAGUAUCGCACCGAUAAGGAGGCAGUGAUCCCCGAGAUGUACUGGACCCAGGAGGAGAGAGAGCGUGCCUCGUUCUACGACACAGCCGGACUGUUGCCUCUGGAGAAGCUCGUUGCGACCUGGCAGGUGGUGCCCGGCCACGUGAACUUCACCGAGGAGGAAGCCGAAAAGUUCGAGAAGGCAUAUCUCGAGGCGCCCAAGCAAUGGGGCAAGAUAUCCAAGGAAGUUGGGACUCGCGAUCCCGGGACCUGCAUCAUGUAUUAUUACGCCAAGAAGCGUGAGCUGAACCUCAAGGAGAAACUUAAGAAGCAGCCUAGAAGGCGCAAGAAGGGCAGGGGGAAGCAGCGCUCCAGCGCAUUGGUAUCGGAAUUAGGCACCACGGAGAACGAGACGGAGGAUACGACAAACCAAGAGAAUGGCGAGAAUGGCGAGCGCCGCCGUCCGCCCCGCCGUGCGGCUGCGCCAGUCUGGGGCAACAACGACGCGACGCCGAAUGCAGACUCGGACGGAGCUACCCCAACACCGACGCCUGGUCGCCGGAGAGCAGGCACCGCGGCAGAGAGCAAGAGCGAGGGCAAUGCUGAAAAGUCGGAGGGCAGGAGAGGAGGUCGAAAGCCACGCGCGCCGAAAGCGGACAAGGAGGCGAAAGCACCAAGGCAGCUUGCACAGGCUCCCGCGAGUGCGCCGCCUGCUGCUCCUCCUAGCAAGACGGGCAGGUCGCGUGCCAACUCCAAGGCUCAGGGUCCAGAGUGGGCGUCGCCGCAGAUCCCUGUUGAUCUGGCAGCCCGGGUGCCCCUCCCCUUCGAAGCCCCUCAAGCGGGGAUGCAGCCGCCGCUUGCGCCGGCCCAACAACAGGCUCCGCUCACGAGCCCCAAUCGAGCAGCUCCUCCGGUGGCGUCUAGCAGCAUCUCCGAAGUCAUGGCACCGCCGUCGCUCCGGCCCGAGCCGCCCCCGCCCCCGGCCUCGGUCCCCACGUUUGAGAUCGCUCAGGCAGCGGGACCAGAACGGAUCCGGACACCGCAGCAGGCAUCCAGCUACUGGAGCGUAUCAGAGACGACCGACUUCCCAGCGUUGCUGCGCGCCUUCGGCACGGACUGGCAAAAGAUUGCCAAUCACAUGCAAACCAAGACGGCAACCAUGGUCAAAAAUUACUACGUCCGACAGACAAAGGAAGGGGGCAAGCCGGAGUGGGAGCAGAUUGCAAUGGAGGCGGAUGCCAAGGGUCAGAGGGGCGAGAAGCGCCCUCCGCCGCCGACGCCCACGCAGGGACCCAGAAAGCGCUACGAUGUGUCGUCGACCGGGCAUCGUCCCUUGGCUUCUGCCGAGCCCGAGGAGACGCUGCUAACCAAGAUCGAGCCACAGCAGAACCAGCCAUUCUCACGCUUCCAGAUCCCGAUCGCGCAGGCUGCCCCAGUUUCCCACCCGCUCGCCCAGACGACCCAGGCUCCUCCCAUAAGCUCGCCGCACACCGGGGGCGCCACCACACAGCAGCAGCAGCAGCAGCAGCAGCAGCAGCAGCCGCCGCCGAGCGGUCCGGUCGCCACGCAGGCCAUGUCACCACAUACGCAUCCUCUACGACCCCCAGGGCCCGUAUACUCGUACCUGGAAAGGGAAGUGGACGUCCCUGCGCAAGCCCAACAGGCCGCCCGCACCUCCCAGAAGCCCGCUCCCAUCCCUACCUCUGUCCCACCCGCUUCCGAAGCGGUGCCGCGUCCGGCCCAGUGGGCAACAGAUCUCGGUCAGCAAUUCUCUCUGCUGCAGCAGACCAAGGAUGCUCGCUCGGCUCGCGACGCCCGAGAACGGCAGAGGUUGGAGCUCGCCCAGCGCGAGUCUCCUCGGCCGGUCGAAAGGGCACCGCUGCGGAUGAAGCAGGAGCCCGAACCGGCGCUUCAUCAUCCAGACGCAUACCCGCAAUACCAGCCGGCUCAGCGUGUUAUGCCUCCGAGAAUGGAAGCAGCCCCCAUCGGAAGGCAGCCGGAGCCUGUCCGGACUUCUGCUGCACCCAUUCAACAGGCACCGCCGCAACCCGUCCACACACAACCACCCGGACGCAGUUUGCUUGGUGAGCCUGCACAGGCACCUCAGAUGCCCUCCGCACACGAGAGGACCAUGUCGGGAAGCAUGCAACGGCAGCCCCCGGUGUCCAUGCAAGAGCAAUACGGUGCAGCACCAGCGUCUGCGCCCCCGGCUCCUCCACCACAGCCUCAGCCUGCCCCAGCUCCGCCGCGCGCGCCCGAGCGUAAAGUCAACAUCAUGUCUCUGCUCAACGAUGAUGAUCCCCCCCUGCCCAAGAGGGUCAGUGACGUGUCCCCGGUUAAGAGAAGCUCGACGCCGCAGCCGAUGGCUCGUCAACCGGCUGCCGCGCCGCUGCCGCCACGCAGGGAGGUCGAGACCGGGUACUCGUAUGCCCGCGGGCCGGCUCCGGGGCCGCCCUCAGCGAUUCCCCCGCUCAAGCCGUAUCACACUCAGUCACCACAGCCGCACCACGUGCGGGUGCCAAGUUCCGGGAUGGCUUCGAGCAUGGAUCCGGCAGCGGAGGCACAGCGAGACUAUUACGCGCGGCACUCAUAUCCGGCCCAGCACGCUGCAAGCGCGGCAAACUCUCCCCAGUCACAACAUAUGCAUUACUCACAGCACGGGCACGUCCAACAACAGCACGCGCCGCAAGCUCAAACGGGUUACCAAGGCCAGCAGCCGUACCAGCCUUAUCCAAUUAGCCAGCCCCACUCCGCAUCUCCUACACCGCAGUACGCACCACAUCCGUCCAUGUCGGGUAGGCGAGAGACGGCCCCUGGGCGUGAACCAUGGCCGCCACAGCAGCAGCAGCAACAGGCCAUGCAUCAACAUCAGCAUCAGCCGCACCUGCAGCAGCAACAGCAACAGCAACCACAACAACAACAGCAGCAGCAGCAGCCGCCCCCACAGCCGCAGCAUCCGUCACAGUCCAGCUGGCCGCCAUCUCAUCAGGCUCCCCAGAAGGCAUCGCAGCCCGUGCCGGCGCAGUCAGCUUGGGGCGCCCAACAUGGCGGCGUGCAGACGAAGCCGUCCGUAAGCAGCCCGCUCGCGCCACAGCAACAUCAUGCCUGGCCAACCUCGGGCCCGAGCCAGCAGCAACCCCCCCACCCUCUCAGUCUACGCGAUCCUCGCCCGCCCUCCAUCUACGAAUCACAGAGCCCCGCGAGUGGCCUGCCACCGCAUCCGCACCAUCAACAUCACAACUCGCUGGGUGGAGGGCGGUACGCGCCAGGCCCCCCUCAGGACGCGAUUCGUCGAAGCGACCAGCAGCCGCAUCAGCAGCAGCCGCAACCGCAAGCCGCGGGCGUCCAGCCGCCAUACCCGCGCUAUGUUAGUACACCCGGUCCCGGACCAGGAGGGCAGCAGCAGCAGCAACAACAACAACAACAUCAACAAGGGCGCGACCCGACAAGGAGCUAUACGCCCGUUGCCGCGGGUGGCUUCGAUCAUCACCGCGGGCCCCACCCACCGCCCCCUCCUCAAGGUCCACAGGGUCCAAUUGCGUCGCAGGCUCCACAGGACCCUCGGGGUCCGCAGUAUAUGGCGCAACAGGAAGCGGCGGCUAUGCGGGAGCAGCAGAUGCGCGAGGCGCACAUGAGGGAGAUGCACAUGCAGGCCCAGGUGGGCGGCCCCGGUGGUAGUACUGGUGGUGGGCCCGGGCCCGGGGGGAGCAUUCUGGGGAGACAGCUCCGGCCCGGACCCGAGAGCGGGGUCCCGCCUGGGCAGGGACCGGGGCCGAACCCGGGCGGUCCGGGGGGGUUGUAUGACCGUGGUGCGGAGGGAAGGAGGUACUAAAUAGGCUGUUGUUGUCUGCCACCUCAACCAAAUUCGCUCUCAUCUUGUUGCAUCUUUUUUAUAUUCUCUUUCCGGCGGCCACGUCAUGUUUCAUGCAUGUAUUUGCACGUUCAUAUGAACAGUAGUUACUGGUUCGAAGCUGAAAUGGAUUUGUGGCAUC